AUGAACACAUCGAAGUGGCUUCCCAAGCAGCACCAGGAGGUGAUCAAGCUGUUCGAGCAAUCGCGCCAGCUCGAGCGCGAACUGCGGAUACUGGGCAAAAAGUUCGCCACGGAUAUCAACAUCGACCUGCCGGAUUACUACGAAUUCGAACGGUUGCUACAACAAAGUCGCGAAUGCUUCGAACGGUCGGCCCACGUCCAGACGCGCCUCAUUCGGAUGUCGGCCUCGUCGGCGGACAAGAACGUGGAGCGUAGUUUUUUCAAGAUCCUGCUCAACCGGAAGGCCCACCUGAUACGGCAGAACCUGCGGAAGCGCAACUUUCAGCUGAUUUUCAUCAUUAACAAAAUGAUAAAGCUCAUGCUUGCUGCCACCUUCAGCUCGGAGGUUGUCGUCGACGGGGCCCUGCUGCUCUGCACGCUUCACAACGAGAGUGUCAUCCUGGCGCAGAAAACAACGCAAGCGCGCACGCAGACCAACGCUCAGAUCUGCAGCAACUCGUUCCCGUCGCUCAUGUCGGCGCCGAAAAAGAUCGACAUCGGGAUGAUCCUGCAGAUCAUCACCAAGCAGCGGGCGGAAGAGUGCUGCAGUACGCUGAUCAACUGUCUGCUGACCACCUGCAAGGGUGCGCUGACGGUGGCGCACGAGGACAACGUUUCCGACACAUCGAGCGUGGAGAUCCUACGAGCGCUAACGACCAACCUGCAGGGUCCUGAAGGGGGAAAGCACAUCGAUCCGAUCCAGGAGGAGAUGAACGUGCGGCGGAAGGCGAGCGUGAACAUGAUCUCGAGUGGUGAUAUUCACGCGCGUCCAAAGAUGACGCCGGGAAGGCAGGUGGUCGUUACGCCAAUCAUUAGGCCGGAAGCUCGCGAACCGGAUGCAUCGGAGCACAAUGAUCCCGCUAUAAACUUCUUCGACGAGAUGGCCGCCGAAGCGGUGGCGUACAACUCCAUCAACUAUCUCGUGAACGAACCGGACGGGAUGGAUCUGCUGGAAAAUCUGAUCGCCGACGAGGAGAUUUUCGUCGCAAACGUCAUAAUGAAGGUGAUCAAGUUCUGCCCGUCGGCGUUCGAUCGGGAGCUCACGAAAUCGGAACUGCUCAAGUGGGUGAACCGGGGAAGUCGAGGCCUUUGGACGCAGAUCGGUGGUACGCUGGAGCACGUGGUGCUGUGGUGGAGCUCGUCUCCGUUGGCCUGCCGUCCGGCGGCCUGUGCAAAGUAUUUGCGCGAGUGGUUAUCGUUGCUGCUGCCGGACGAAGCACCAGAACCGAUUCUUUCGACACUGAAGGGACUGGGUGAAACGCUGACCGUACACGUGACGAGCACGAUCUGGGACAAGCAGUUCCGGUUGGCGGUGGUCUCUUCGAGCCUGCCGGUAGACUUUCCGUUUGAGGAGAGUGAGUUUUGCGGAAAGAGCGUAAAUGUUGAAGGAACAAUUUGCGGCAAAGUUUGGAGCGAGCUUCUUUACCAGCUGGUGCAGCUCUCAAACACCUGUGACAUCGGUACGAUCGCCAACGAGCUACCGCUUGUCGAACAGAUUCCGGUCCUGCAUAGGCUCGAUCAUUCCAUUCACUCGAUGCGUAUCUGGGCGGCGAACAAGGCCCGAUCACUGUGCACCGACUGGAACAUGAUGAUGUUCUUCAAGGUGGUCCACAGCGACAUCGGGCUGUGCCUGGAGCAGCUGCAGUACAUCCGCGUGCCGGAGCUAUCGGCGGACGAUCCGCUCGAGGUGCAGGUUCAGGUUUGCGUAGCACUCCGGGCGAAACUGGUAUCGGAGAUCAAGGAAAAUAUUAUCAAACUAAAAGCAACCUGCACCGAAUGCAUCGACGUGCUGGCGGCGGUCUGCCGCACGACGAGUUUGGCCUCGCUGACGCUCUGCUUCCCGUACUUUAAGCACUGGCAGACGGAGGCCCUGCAGGAGCGUGCCAACGAGUAUGUCUCGUACUUUUUCAACCAGAUCUAUCUGCCGGUCAUCCAGGCGACGAAGGAUAUCGAAAUACUGAAGCUAACGCUCAAGAUCAUCUGCGAGGCGUGGUUGGAUCACAUCUACAUGAAGAAGACCAAGUUCAGCAGUGCCGGGGCAUUGAAUCUGCUGAAGGACUUUGAUGGCGUUGCCGAGUGGAUCAAUGCGUGCGAGGCGCUGGACGAACGGUUACGGGAUACGCUGAGCCACCACGAGGUGCUGCGGAUGUGCGAAGGGGUGGGCAAACUGUUGCUGCGCAAACCCGAGGAAACCAUAUCCAUUUUGCCAAGUCCAUCGAAAGCGGGCAAAAAGAGCGAUGAAACUGCCGACGAGAAAGCACCACUGCCCCCGGAGAUGUUUGUUCCGAAUCAGAAACGCUGGCUUGAGUUGCGUGCCCGUGAUAGACGGGCGGUCAAUCUUAAUUGUCUCUGUCUUUGCGCCGGAAUGGAUGUGUACUAGAAAUGAUCCGGAGGAAUUUAAAUACGAAACCAGUUAAUAAUCAGUUAACAAUACAUGUCCCAUGGCGAAGAGUUACGCUGGAACACCAAUGAAAA